AUGUCAUCACAGCGGCUGAUAAAAUUGCCGCAUAGAGUGAUUUUAAAGCUACACGGUGCCGAUACGAACGCCUUCCUUCAGGGCUUGAUCACCAAUGACGUAACAAAACUGCAAUCUCAAAACGGUCUCGCCGCGUUUCUUCUCAACACCAAAGGCCGCAUCGUCGAGGAUGUUCUUCUUUGGCGACGUGGCACCGAUGACGUCUUCUUGGAGUGUUCUAAAGCGAAUCAGAGUGUUCUUGUGAAGGAAAUCCUAAAGUAUCGAUUAAGAAAACGCGUGGAGAUUUCUGAAACUACGGAUCAAGUCUUUUUCGAGCAAAUCUCGACAGAUAAGUCUUCUGAAUACCGUGAUCCCCGAUUCUCAAACUUUGGAGCUCGUGUAUUCGGAAAUCCAUCGUCUUCAGAGGUUAGCGAAAAUCGUGAAGCCUAUGAAAACCUGCGUCGCUCGAAUGGAAUUGCAGAAGGUGCUGUUGAACUAGCGGAUUUGUUACCUUUCCAGGCAAACGGCGACCUUCUCAACAUGGUUUCACUUGAUAAGGGAUGCUAUAUUGGACAAGAAUUGACAGCAAGAACCGCCCAUACAGGUGUCAUUCGUCGGCGCAUUCUACCAUUCGAGUGUGAGGGACAAGUGAAAAUCGGAGCCGAUAUUUUGGAUGAGAAGAAGAAUAAAGUUGGGAAGAUCAUCUCCUCCGACUCCACCCGCUGCUUGGGAAUCCUCCAACUCGCAUCGUUCAAAUCGCCGAAGUUAAGUGCUGAUGACGUGGCACUUACUGCACGACAACCCGAAUGGAUGCCUGAUAAGAUUUUAGCCAAUAAUAAGACGAGAACCAGUUUGACGGAUUCUUAA